GAACUCCCGCAGUUAUCGUCUACGCCAAGCUACCCAACCGAGCCGGCGAGGCGGGACGCCACCAAACCAAAUCCAACGGUCCAGAUCUCCUCCAGGUUACAAAACUAGGGUUUCCAACUAUUCACCGACCUAUAUAACCCCAACUGUUGCAUCACCAAACGUUGCGGUGCAGUUCGCCAAAAAAAAUCUCAAUCUCUCUCUCUCCUCCGUUUUUCUCUCUCUCUCCUCGUCGUCACCGGGAUCUGCUCGGGUCUCCGACGACUUAUCCCCCUUUUGCCCCUCCCUCUCCUCGCUUACCCCCCAAAAACCAAAAACAACAAACUUUCUCAAAAAUCGCCGAAAAAACACACACUCAGUUAUUCACACCACUCUAUUCUUCUGUUGUGCUUUUCUCUCUAGUUUAUCUACGGUUUCCUUUUUAGCAGAGGAGAGGGAAAAAAAAAGUCCAAAAAAACAAGAAAAAAGGAGGAAAAAAAUGGCACAGAUUCAGGUUCAGCAUCAGGGGCACGUGUCGGGUCCGAGCGGCGUCGCCGCGGCGGCGGGUGCCGGCGGAGCGAAUCAGUUCGUGACGACCUCGCUUUACGUCGGGGACUUGGAUUUCGAGGUCACUGACUCGCAGCUGUACGAUCUGUUCAACAACGUGGGCCAGGUCGUGUCGGUUAGGGUUUGUAGGGACUUGAGCACUCGCCGAUCUCUCGGUUAUGGAUACGUCAACUACAGCAACCCUCAGGAUGCGGCAAGGGCAAUGGAAUUACUUAACUUCACUCCACUUAAUGGCAAGACUAUCAGAGUUAUGUACUCUCAUCGCGACCCCAGUAUUCGUAGAAGUGGUUCUGCAAACAUAUUCAUCAAGAAUUUGGACAAAGCAAUUGACAACAAAGCUUUGCAUGAUACUUUUUCUAGCUUUGGCAACAUUCUUUCUUGCAAGAUAGCUACUGAUCCUUCUGGCCAGUCGAAAGGAUAUGGUUUUGUACAAUUUGAUAAUGAAGAAUCUGCUCAAAAUGCGAUAGAUAAGUUGAAUGGCAUGCUUAUCAAUGAUAAGCAAGUUUAUGUGGGGCAGUUUCUUCGUAAGCAGGAAAGAGAUUCUGCCUUGAACAAGACAACAUUUAAUAAUGUAUACGUUAAAAAUCUCUCAGAAUCAACAACCGAAGAGGAUCUCACGAAAAUAUUUGGUGAAUAUGGACCAAUUACUAGUGCAGCAGUGAUGAGGGAUGGAGAUGGAAAAUCAAAGUGUUUUGGAUUUGUCAAUUUUGAAAAUGCUGAUGAUGCUGCAAAUGCUGUUGAAGCUCUGAACGGCAAAAAAAUUGAUGAUAAGGAAUUGUAUGUAGGGAAAGCCCUAAAGAAGUCUGAAAGAGAGCUUGAAUUAAAAAGUCGGUUCGAGCAGACUGCCAAGGAAGCUGUUGACAAAUUUCAAGGUUUGAAUUUGUAUGUCAAGAAUUUGGAUGACGGCAUUGAUGAUGAUAAGCUGAAAGAAUUGUUUUCGGAAUUCGGUACAAUCGUUUCAUGCAAGGUUAUGCGUGAUCCUAGUGGAAUAAGCAGAGGUUCAGGUUUUGUUGCCUUCUCUACUUCUGAAGAAGCCUCUCGUGCUCUUGCAGAGAUGAAUGGUAAAAUGGUAGUAAGCAAACCGCUUUACGUUGCUCUUGCACAGCGGAAAGAAGAGAGGAGAGCAAAGUUACAGGCACAGUUUUCACAAAUGCGCCCAGUUCCUAUGGUACAGCCAAUUGCUCCUCGUAUGCCAAUGUAUCCCCCUGGUGCUCCAGGUCUUGGGCAACAAUUAUUUUAUGGGCAAGCUCCCCCAGCUAUUAUUCCGCCCCAGGCUGGAUUUGGUUACCAGCAGCAACUUGUUCCUGGGAUGAGGCCAGGUGCAGCUCCUAUGCCAAAUUUCUACAUGCCACUGGUCCAUCAGGGUCAGCAGGGCCAGCGGCCUGGUGGUAGACGGGGAGGAGGCCCUGUGCAACAGGCGCAGCAGCCUUUGCCAAUGAUGCAGCAGCAGAUGAUGCCUAGGGGACGUGUCUAUCGUUACCCACCUGGUCGCAAUAUGCUAGAUGUUUCCAUGCCUGGAGUUGGUGGAGGCAUGCUUUCUGUUCCUUAUGACAUGGGUGGCAUGCUACCACGAGAUGGUGGUCUAGGACAGCCCUUGGCAGUUCCAGCUUUGGCUACUGCCCUUGCAAAUGCACCACCUGAUCAGCAGAGGACGAUGCUGGGGGAAAAUCUGUACCCGCUUGUGGAUCAGUUGCAGCAUGAGCAUGCAGCUAAGGUGACAGGCAUGCUUCUGGAGAUGGACCAGACCGAGGUUUUGCACUUGCUGGAAUCCCCAGAUGCAUUGAAAGCUAAAGUUGCAGAGGCCAUAGAGGUCCUGAGAAAUGUUGCUCACCAGCAGGCCAACAGCCCAUCUGACCAGCUCGCAUCUCUGUCCCUCAAUGAUCACCUUGUUUCCUGAAUUUCUGCUUGGUGGAAAUAGUGGUCUCCUGAUUGGGUGCAAUUUAUUGCAAAGUUUUGCUAGAAGUGAGGAUACUGGAUUUCAUUCAGAGUUUUGGAUUGGUUUGUGUUCGAAACAUUUUGUUUGCCUUGUGAGUUCUAGAUAACCGUCUGAUGAUUCUAAGAUAUCCGGCAUUCCAUGGGUUUUUCGUGAGCUGUUUUCUAUCUAAGAUUCAUUAAUGCUUUA